GUGCAAUCCUAGAGGGGGUUAUUAUCAAAUUGAUAAAAAGAAAUUGCCGCCAAAUCAUGAGGUGACUCCUUUCUCAAGAAAAAUCCAACAAAAUACGCCUAAAUUGCCAGUUUCUUCAACACAGCAAACAAGUGAGCCAACUGAAACGAAGCUUAGCGUAUUGAGCACUCCGAUUAGCUGCCAACAAUUUUUCCAUGAAAAUUCCAAUUUCUUCUCAUUUUCUUCUGUAAAACCCUAUUCAAUCGAUUCAAAAUUUCGUGCGACUAGUUCGUUGAUCAAUGUUUAGGUCAGCAUUUCUCUCUAUUCGAGGACGCUCUAAGCCGGCGGUCAAUCAACUUCAACGGCCUUCAAGUAGACUAGAGGGAACCCUGUAUUUUUUGGUAUGUGAAAGAGAUUGGAAUAUUUUCUCAUCUUCGAGAUUCAGGGGUCUUGCAGAGGAACGAUUUAGGUGUCUUGCAGAGGACCUUGCUCUUUUUGGCAUUAGUUAAUAUUGUGCCUGCAGAACAGCAGAAAUCAUCUACUCCGGUUUGGUUGUAUACAGUUUAAUUCCUCUAUCAAGCCAUUAAUAAAUUUUGCACUAGAAGCCCAACUUCAGGGUUUGGGUGUUUUCCUUAUCUUCUGUCUUAUUAUGUCGAUGUGCAUCCUUUGCCAUUGACAGACAAUGAAUGCACAGUCUAGAUAAUUCUAUGACAAAGGAUAUGUAUACCUUCUUAUUGGUGAUUUAAGUUGCAGAUUUUUGUUAGAGUUUUUUUUUUUUCUUUUUUUUUUUCAUACUAACAAGAAAUUUGUGCAUGACCAAUUAUUAAUGUUCUACAAGGUUGUUAGGUGGUGCCUGCUCUGUUUCUAGACUAACUGCUCUCUAUUUAGCGAAUUUCGGCUUUAUUAGUUGAAAACUUGAAAUUACUCUAUGUAUCAAGGAUAUCUUUUGGUCCAGGCAUCAGAAAUUUUAAUUUUUCCCUUCAAUAUAGUGCAAACUCAUGAGAGCUCAUCAAUAUCAAACGACAUGUCCUGUAUCUGUGGCCUUUCUGAAUUUUACUAAAGCCACAGAUUCUUCCUUGGUGUUGAUAUCAUCUUAAGUUCUUAUGUCUGAUGCUGUGAUUCAAAAUAUCAAAAGAUUGAAUUUAGCUAUGUAUUUAAUGCUCUACUUCUGAAUAUAUCUUCAAUUAACUAGGAUGUUUCCUUUUCCUCUUAGGCUCGAUCCAUCAAAAAGGUGCCUGUAUCGUGGUUAUGCUAAAUCAACGAGACAGUCUUCUGAGAGAUCAAAUAGCCAUGAAUUACAGUCAGAGAUGCAUCCAAGUACCAAGACUACAAAUUAUAAGCCAUUGAUGGCUCUUGCUAUUCCUGUUGCUUUGCUUGGACUGGCUGGUUAUGCUCGUUACAAUGAUGAGAGAAGAGCCAUCCAAAAAGGUGAAGGAUCAAGGGAAGGAAUGACUGUCAAGGGGCCUAUUAUUGGUGGUCCUUUUGAAUUGAUUAAUACUGAUCACCAAAUAGUUACUGAGCGGGAUCUUCAUGGACAUUGGGUACUCUUAUACUUUGGUUAUACAUCAUCACCUGAUAUUGGGCCAGAGGAAGUGCAGAAAAUGGCCAAGGCCAUUGACAUAUUAGAGUCAAAACAUAAUGUUAAGCUUCUACCUGUUUUUGUCACAAUUGAUCCCCAGCGUGACUCUCCUCAACAGCUAAAAAGGUAUCUUGGAGAGUUUGAUCCAAGAAUAGUGGGGUUAACUGGAUCUGUUAACUCUAUAAGGCAAAUAGCACAAGAAUAUCGGAUUUUUUUUAAGAAGGUUGAAGAGGACGGGAGUGACUAUCUAAUUGAAUCAUCCCAUAAUAUGUACUUGAUAAGCCCAAAUAUGGAAAUAAUGAGAUGUUUUGGGGUAGAGUAUAAUGCAACAGAGCUGGCAGAUGCUAUAGGCAAAGAGUUGAAGAUGCAAUCUGGAUCUUCCUAGAGGAUGCAAAGGUCCCAUUUCUGAUGGAAUCAAGUAUUUUGGAUAUCUCAGGCUCGUAGUUAGGUGGGAAGAUACACGACGCCAAAUUACCUUCUGAUUUUUAGCUUCUUGGAAACUUCUCAGAUUGGACCUACUUUGGAGGACAUGGCUGAGUCUUAUGGAUUGUGUGUUCCUGUUAUUUGGAUUUUAAGACUGAUUGUUACCCAAGCUGGCAUUUUUUAUUUUGCCAUUUCAUUAACGUAGGUUGAGCAUUGAAUAAGUAGCCUAAGACAAAUCAAAUGUGAUUUGAUUUGCUUUAAUAUUAUAGAGAACUUCCCUUUACGUCAUUGACUCAAUUGUAGAGUUUUUUAAUCCUCGUGGUUUUACCAAUUUUUGUGUAAUCACUCACUUGACUAGUCUCUAGUCUUUAUCAAAUGGAGUAAUGUUUAAUUGCAAA